GAACUCUUAAAGCGCUCGAGUCUCUUUAGGCGUUACAAAAAUGAUAGGUGGGGUUUUUAUCUAUAACCACAAAGGAGAAGUUUUGAUAUCAAGAAUAUUUCGCGACGAUGUCUCAAGAAAUGCUGCAGACGCUUUUCGAGUCAAUGUAAUUCAUGCACGACAACAGGUUCGCUCACCCAUUAGCAUAGUAGCAAGGACAAGCUUCUUUCACGUCAAAAGAGCAAACAUUUGGAUAUGUGCUGUUGCUCGUCGAAAUGUUAAUGCUGCUAUGGUCUUCCAGCUGCUACACGCUCUUCUGAACCUGAUGAAGGACUACUUUGGUAGAGUAACGGAGGAAAAUAUAAAAAAUAACUUCGUUUUGAUAUACGAAAUUCUCGAUGGUAAGCUAACUUUUUUCCUGGUUAUUGUUACAGAGGUGAUUGAUUAUGGAUAUGGGCAGAAUACAGAUACAGGAAUUUUGAAAUCCCUCAUUACUCAGGCUGGGACACGCACAGCCACUAAAGAGGAGACUGCUCAAAUAACAAAUCAAGUUACUGGUCAGAUUGGAUGGCGCCGUGAAGGUAUAAAAUACAGAAGGAAUGAACUGUUUCUGGAUAUCAUGGAGUCGGUCAAUCUUCUUAUGUCACCGCAAGGACAAGUUUUAUCUGCACAUGUGGCAGGUCGAGUGAUCAUGAAGUCUUACUUAAGUGGUAUGCCAGAAUGUAAAUUUGGUUUUAAUGACAAAGUCAGUUUGGAAAAUAAACAGCGAUCUACAGCUGGUACAGAAGACAGUAGUGGAGGUAUUGCAAUAGAUGACUGUCAAUUUCACCAAUGUGUUAAACUGGGUCGAUUCGAAACUGAACAUACAAUCUCUUUUAUUCCACCAGACGGUGAAUUCGAGUUGAUGCGUUAUAGAACUACUAAGGAGAUCAGUUUACCAUUUCGUGUCAUACCAUUAGUUCGUGAACUUGGUAAAACUAAAAUGGAUGUGAAAGUAAUUUUAAAAGCUAAUUUUCGUCCUAAUUUAUUUGCACAAAAAAUUGAAGUUCAUAUACCGACUCCAAUGAAUACAAGUGGUGUACAAGUUGUAUGUAUGAAAGGUAGAGCAAAAUAUAAAGCAGCUGAAAAUGCUAUUAUUUGGAAGAUUAGACGAAUAUCUGGCAUGAAAGAUUGUCAAUUAUCUGCGGAAAUUGAGUUAUUACAAGCUUCAGAUAAACAAAAACGUUGGAUGCGUCCACCGAUUUCUAUGAAUUUCGAGGUACCAUUUGCACCGUCUGGAUUUAAAGUUCGUUUCUUAAAGGUGUUCGAAUCUAAAUUGAAUUAUUCAGAUCAUGAUGUAGUGAAAUGGGUUCGCUAUAUUGGUAAAAGUGGCUUGUAUGAAACAAGAUGUUAAAGAGACAAUCUUCUUUGUUUGUAUUUUUCAAAUUUAUCAGCUUUUUAUCUUCACUUCAACAAAUCAACUUCUAUACUACUCUUUAUUUAAAUGAAUGAUUAUAACUGUUUUGUUUAUUCAACAUUGCGAGAAAUUCAAUCAUAUAUAUAUAGACACAUAUACAAAUACAAAAUUUGGCAUAAUAACCAACUAUGCACAGUUUCCAUUCAAUUCAAAUGCUUAUCUUUUUCAUCUGAUAAAGAUCUUCAAUCUGCUAACCACCCUUACAUUUGCUUACUACACAUGUGUAAACGUAUAUUUGUAUGUUCAUCAUUCAAUAUAGUGAUAGGUAUACAAUUGUAUAAACAAUGAUGAACAUAAUGGUAAGAAUUCGUUUGUGCAUUUCUAUGUUCGAUCCCGUGUUUAUUAUUCAAUUAUCCUUUGAUUCUUUCAACAUAAAUAUGUCCUUGUGUACUUUUUUUCCCCAUCUAAAAUUAAUGGUUAUAUUAAUUGUUAUUGUAAGCUAUUGUUUUGUCGAUUAUUUUGCCUGAUCAUUCCAUCUAUUCAUGAUUUUGCUUUGUACCAUUUCAUUCCUACAUAUUGUUUAUAAACUUUCCCUAUCUGUCCUCUAUUGUUUCACUUCGUAUUCUCUAUUUCAAUAAUUACUACUACUAUUACUACUAGUACUACUUACAAUUGAUUAGAAAUCUCAAGUAAUAUCUAUUUACAUUUUGUUUUCAUUCUUAUGAUUUUUAUUGUUUUUGUUCACAUUAUCUCUCUCUACACUCUUUAUCUAAUCAUAUUUAGCAUUUUAUUAGUUAUUUCAUCAUACUACCAAUAAACCAAAAUAAAUUAACAGUAAUAUCUUGCUAUUAUUUCAUUUUGUAUACUAGUGAUUUAAUUAAAUUUGUUUUUAAUGUGUGA